GAUUGCUUCUGGACCGCUUGUGGCGUGCUUUUCGUCCCCAGCACUCCUAAUAUUCGCAACCCAUCGCAGUGUGCGCGGUCUGCAGUGGUCCAAUCCGCUGAAGUUAACGAGGCACUGCCUUCGGCUGCUCAUCGCUGCUGUGCUUUCGUGUGCUGUUGUGCUGUGUGAGUUUUGAUGUGACGCCGUGUGCCGCGGAAAGAUGAGUGAAAGAAAUUUCCUAGACGUUCCCGAGGACAGCGACGCGCCGUACGAGUCUCUCUUCCUUCAGGCUGACGAACAGUUCAGGCAGUUAGUGAAGACCUUGUCUGAUGACGCCAGUGCUCCAAAACUCAAGUCAAAAUCCAUCAAGCCGUCACCGGGGUUCUGUGUGAAGGUCAAGGACACGUCCAGCGGUGGCAAGCUUUUCAUUAAUGUUUGCCACACUCCCGAGCUUCCCGAGCCGCAAGACAUCAGCGAUGAGGAGCUAAUCCAGAUCCUUGGGUCGGACGACCCCACCACGUACCGUGUCCCCCUCAGUCUGGGCCUGCCCCACGAGGAAGUGGACAAGAGUGGAGCUCCCUGCACGGUGUAUGACGUCAUCAUCAACGAGGCCUUCUUCCGCAAGAUCAGCUCCAACGAGCUGUUCAAGACGUUCCUCGUCACAGUGGCACUUGACGGCAUCGAGGAGAAGUACCACGCCCACCCUGACCGAGACAACUACGUGGUGCUCAAGAACAAGCUGUACAUGGGCACCAUGCCCGACCACUGCAUACAGGACAGGAAAGGCCCGCUGAUAUCUGAGCUCCCCAUGUGAGUCCCUUGAACAUGUUCUUGCACGUU